AUCCUGAAUUGCAGACCAAACUCUUAGCCCUGGGAGGGUCAAAUAUCUGUGAGACUCAACCCCCACCUUUCAAACUUCUUAAGUACCACCCAUACCCCCAUGUAAUUUCAGUCAGUUAAGAAACAGCAGCAAUAACGGUCUGAAAUUCAUUUUAUUGGGAGGUUAUUUUGGUAUAUACUUCUCGCUGUGGACAAGUUCUUUGAUUGAAACAAGAUGUUCCACUUACAAAUUUUUAUUUCAUUACUAAUCAGCCUGGUGUGCUCUGCGUGUGCCCAAGAAGGUAAGGAAAAGCUCGUAGAAAUCUAUUUUUAUUGCCAAAUUUGGUGCGUUUUACUAAGAAGAAGAAAAAACAAUCAUGUCUGGGAAUAUAUGUGAAUGAUGUUCUGCUGUUUGUCCUAUUGCUUAGUAUUGUUUUUCCAUAAGGAUUGAUGCUAUGUUUUAAAACAUGCAAUUAUAUAUAAGUUAAUGAAUAUGUUUUGUUUCAAAAAGUGUAAUAUGCAGGACCGUUGGUAUACAGUAAUAUCAAACUAACCUUGGUAAUAACAAAAUACAUCGAUUUUUAGGAUACAAGGUGUGUCCUGUUGUGCAAAAACAUAUCUCCAACUCUUCUGUUCAUAGAAAACUUUUAAAAGUUGAAUGAAAAUUUAGUGUAUUUUAAUACUUUAUGUGUAGAGGUUCCUAAUUGUUUCCUACAUUAUAUUCUCAUCAAGGGUUUGAUUCUAUUUUAAGACAUACUUUUAGAGGAAUGUGCCAUCGCUUAGCUUAUAAAAGAUUUAAGUCUGUGAUUUUCAUGGGUGUGAGAUAGUCCAUGCUUUUGAAAGGGAAUAUCAGCAGACAGACAGAUUAGGGUACAGGACAAUGCAUUGCACUACUUCAAAGAAUUUUUAUAUGCUUUGGUAAAUCAAUGAAACUGCAAAAAUUAUAAAUGCAAUUGUAAUUACCCAGUAGAACAUUUUGCUAGGCUUUUUUUUUUUUUUUUUUAAACAUAUGCAGAUGUUGUUUAAAGGGGGUUCCAUUCAAAUUAUAGGUUUUAUCUUUUUGUGAACAUAGAAACUUUGUGCGAUUCGAAACUGUUCACAGAGGCUGCUUCAUAUGAAACUGUGAAAAUAAUCCCUGGUAGGAAAUCCAAAUUACAUUGGCUAACUCCUCUGGGACAUCAAUAGUAAAUACGUAUCUGUGUUCAGUUUAACUAGUCUUCAGGUUUAAGAGAAAAACAGUUGAAAGGGUUAUUAUGUAGCAAUAGAGAACAUUUGGCUAAAGAAUGUGAGGAAUGACAGGAUAAAUAUCGUUAUGUUGUUCUUUCUGAAUAAUUUCCAUUCACGAAACCUUGUAGAUAUUCGCUAUGCUGAUUAUAUCAGUGUCGUUUGAAAAGCAAGUCAAGUACCAGACAAUGGAAAGUAUUCAUAAUGCAAUUCCAUAAAAAAUAUACAUGUUUACAAGGUAGUCUGCAACAAAUGUGUGCAGAUUGCAUAAAUGAAUGCUUUUUGUCUGAGUAGGUUCAUUAAAGGAGAAGGAAUCUUGAAAGGCUACAAUUCCCAUGAUGCCUUGCUAGUAGCCAUUUGUAAAGAUUCCAAAAGGCAGCUGUUGUACCAGAGACUGCUGCAAGUAUUGUAUACAAGUGUCAAGUACCAAUGUGUCCACUCAUAGGCCUGUGAGAGCACCAGUUGUCGCAAGAUGCUCCAAGGAUAAGCACUAUUAACUAUGUAUAUCGGAAGAUUGAACUUGUUUAAGAGAUGUUUAAUAGUGCAUGGAAUGCUGCUGUAAGUGUAUUCCUCUAAAAUUUAAUAGAACACUAUAGUGUCAGGAAUACAAACAUGUAUUCCUGACACUAUAGUGUUUAAAACACAUUUUAGGUGGCCAGCCUCCCAUUGCUCUUGUUAAAAGAUAAUAAAACCUAUUUAUUCCAGCGCUACGCGUGUUUGCCGUAUCUGACUCCGCCUCUGCUGUUCCUCCAUGGCUGAGUUUAUAAAAAAUUGCCACUAGAGCUGUUUCUAGGCAGUAAUGUAAACACUGCCUUUUCUCUGCAAAGUCAGUAUUUACAUUAACAAGCCUGCAGGAAGAUGCUAAUGCUAUACACUAUAAUAACUACAUUAAGCUGUAGUUAUUCUGUUGGCUAUGAUGUCCCUUCAAUGUUAAAUUUCAUAUAUGUCAAACAGUUUUAUGUCUACCUAAAUAUGUAUAUAAUUUUGGUUUGAGCAAUGGUUUUUUCCCUCAUUUUCCCUUUUUCCUUUUUGUACCAUUUCCCAAAGUUAUUUUUCCAAUGUUUUAUAAAAUUUAAUCAAAAAUAUAUGAAAAUAAAUCAGUGGCUUGUUGUCCUGGAAUAAAACAAGCAAGCAAUUCAAGUACGUUACAAAACAGCAAAUACAAAUUAGGCAGAAAAAUAAGAUGGGUCACUUCACAAGAUAUCUGGAACACGGGAAGAAGGAUGAAGAACCAAACAACUAAGGAAUAUACUUGCAAUAUUGUGGUUAUGUGUAGUGAUAACUAGAGACUAGUGAUGCUAAGAGCAAUAGGGUACAUUGUGCCACAGCAAUGUACUUGCAUCAAAACAUCUGUUCUGAUUGUGAUAGAUUUACUUAAGGGUGUAUAGAGCUGCAUUCAGGCAUAUGAGAUGAGGGUGAGCAUUCGCCAUUCAAUCUCUCUUGUAUGAUACAUGUGUGGCUAUUCAGGCAGCAACAUGACUGCUUUCUUAACCUUAGAUUUAUUAAACUACUUUAAAGAUGUUAAUAAACAUUCUUUAUCCAUUCAAAAUAAAGAUAAUUUUGUUGUGACAAGUAAAAUAAGGCAUAUAGAAUAGAUGAAAAUAAGAUUUUGGAGGGCAGAAUUAAGAAACAUUAUAGGAAGAGGAAUUGUCAAGAAUCACUUUCUUCAUGCAGCCCUGACCACACCUCAUCUGGCUGUGACUCCCACAGCCUCCUACACACUUCCUGACAAAGAAGUCUAAUUCUGCUUGGACUGCAUAAACAAAGUGGCAGAGAACUGAGCAGUGACCCUACAGAGGCAUAAUCUACGAACCACAAAAAGCUUCAUUAAAUUGAUACUAUUGCCAACAGUACUACUUUAGCAGAUCACUAUAGGGUCAGGAACACAAACAUGUAUUCCUGACGCUAUAAUGUAAAAAACACCAUCUAAAUUUAAGCCAUUUUUUUCAUGCAGGCUGGGUCAGUCACAGCCAGGGGAGGUGUGGUUAGGGCUGCAUAAACAAAAACAUGUUUUAACUUCUUAACAUAAAAACAUAGAAUGUGACGGCAAAUAAGAGCCAUUCUUCCCAUCUAGUCUCCCCAAUUUUCUUAAUACUUGCAUUAGUCUCUUAUAUCAAGGAUAGCCUUAUGCUUAUCCCACGCAUGCUUAAACUCACUGUGUAAACCUCUACCACUUCAGCUGGAAGGCUAUUCCAUGCAUCCACUACCCUCUCAAUAAAGUAAUACUUCUUGAUAUUAAUAGAAAAUAAAUUGCAUAGAAUUGCGCGUAACACUGCAGGGGCAUGAUCUAUACACCACAACUGCUUCAUUAAGCUAAAAUAGUUUUUCUUGAUUAAUGUGUCCCUUUAAGCUAAAGUCGUUUUUUUGUUUACAGUAUCUCUUUAAUGUUUUCAGGCACGGAAUCCAUGAAAGGCAUUUAAUUUAAGGUAUUAAGGAACUGAUAGCUCAGAGGGUAGCCUCAAUAAGAAGACAGUGAAGACUGUUUAUAACCACUAUUCUCUGAUGUGUUUAUUUCGCUUGCAGUAAAUGUAUCCUUAUAAAUAAUCCCAGGUUUCCUAAAUUCAAGUGUAAGCAAAGUUUUGAUUUACUAGAUCUUGCCAGGGUGAUGAAAGAUUGUUGUUUGCACAUCGUGUAAGGUGUCAGAUAAGUGAUAGCACAAGGGUGCUUAAGUGACAUUUAGAUCCACUGAAUAGACAAACAGAGUGUCUUUAUAGCUUUGUUAAAGUUCAUGAUGAAUGCAAGGAAAUGUCAAAUCAACAAUGCAAAAUAUGUGUACUUUAUAUGUAGUGCAAGAAAAACGGGGGUAUGUUAGAAACUUUACAUUAAAGACACUUCAAGUCACUGUUUCUUUUUUUAUAACUUUUUCUAUUGAAGUCCAGAUAUAAUUAUGACAUGCAAUUAAUGUGCGUGGUAUACCAAAAGUAUUACAUAAAAGUAUACAUUCAUCAAAAAUCUUUAAAAAAAAAAAAAAAAAACAAGAAAAAAAUUGCAUGGUCUCCUAUUAACAAUAUAAUGUAUAGACAUAAAAACAACCACCUUUUCAUAAAUUCGAUCUCUUCCUACAAUUAUUUCUUAUAAUCAAUAUUGAAUAUGGAAGAGAUUUGUCCUUAAUUAUUCCAAACUUUAUUAAAUUAACUAAUUUAUUCAUAGUUUUAGCCAAUAUAUGUUUACAUGUUUUAUUAUAUUAAACCCUAUCCUUAAUAUCUCCCUUCUAAGCAGAGCGUGAGGAUGUCCAGCAUCAGUUAGGGCGAUCAAAAGUCGCCUAACCACCAGGAAGUGCCUCUAGUGGCUUUCUGAUUGACAGCCACUAUAGACAGUCUUAGUCCUGCAAUGUAAUCAUUGCAGUUUUCUAAAACUAAAAUGAUUCACAUUGCAGGAGUAAGCAGGACAGAGACACUGAACCCAGUGAUCCCUUUAAAAAAUGGCCACCACAGAUUCUGAUAUACUUUCAAACUGGUUCCUUUAUACGGCACUUUAAACUCCUCGUCAAAAAGGAGCCCACCGGCAAGUGAUGUCUAUCAGACUAUUUAAACACACAAUUCAUACAUAAUAUGUCUAAACCUAUAUAUUUUAUUGAAUCUUGAUGCAUAGGUCAUACAAUAGAUUCUGGAAAAAUGUAAACUACAAAAGAUUUCUCAAGUCACCAUAGUAUAUUAAAAUUCAGUAAGGCAUACCUCCCGAAAUCCAGAGUCCUGUAAAGCUGGAUGCAGGUGAGAGGGGUAAAGAGGGGCCUAUAGAGGCCUAUAGAGAGCUUGUCUGUACAUACAGGUCAGUCUGGCCAAUUGUGCAGGGUCAUAGUUUUCUGAAAGCAGUGCCAGCACAUUUAACAAUACACUCACACUAUGCUUGUUGGGGUCAAUCUCCUGGUGUCCCCAAACGCAGCACAGUGGGACAAGACCUGAAAAUCGUGAUUGUCCCACCGAAAACAAGAUGGUUGGGAGGCCUGGGUAUGGUCAAUGGAAAGGUGAUUUUAUGGAGCCAAGCAGAGCACUUAGGAUCAAUCCCAGCUGGUAUUUAAAUGUCCCAGGUCAAGCAUUAGGAUUCAGAAAUCAAGGGUGAGUCCAUAAAAGACUUAGAAUAUAUAAUGUUAGUAUACAUGGCAAUACAUGCUCAGCUUUGAUAAUAAUGAAGAUACAGGAAGAUGAUAAUAGAUGGUUCCUUGUCAGGUACUGAAAAUCCAAUCUAUACAGAAGCAGGAGCUGUCGUAAACAUCAACUCAAUGUGAUGAAUGGGUAUCAGUGACCCCAAUUCCCCUGCUUGCUUUAACAGCGAUAAUCGAGUAUCAAUACUCAGAAACAGGCAAUGACCAUAUUGUUUGCCUUACCUUUGGUGUUCCUGUGUUUGCCGCAAACUGCCUGGAUUUGCGUCUUCUUGCAGCAACUAAUCCAGCAAUUAAGUUGUUGCAACUCUCAGCAAAUCCUAGCCAUUCCAUACACUCUUGCUCCAUAUUGGGGUUGUUUUAAGAUAUUUAGGGGAGAUUUAUCCAGAUAAAUGUGAUAUUCUGGGUGCAAAUUGGUAAAUAUUGAUACUUUCUAUAGGUUGUCAUGGUGAUUGGCCCUUUUUAUCACAGAGUCGCAAAACAGCAUUUGUAUUGGCCAAAUACCUCCCUUUAGUUUGGUACUUCUAAGUGUGUAGCAUUAUACCAGCCAGACCUAAUUAUUGCAUUUUGAUGGCAUUUAAAGAAUGUGUAUUCCCAAACAUUCCAACGGUUUCUUUCAAGUAAUUUUAUAAGCAUCGGAGUUCAUGUUUGAUUUGUUUUUACAGUAUGUACUUCUGUGAUAACUAUUUUGAACCUAUUGAAUGAACACAUGAGACAAGGAAAACAUCUGUUACACUAUUCUACCUAUAUUUCUGUAAACAUGAACGUUUUUUUUUUUCUGUUAAUGUUCCUGAUUUAAACUUUUAGUGUGCACCCAACAGCAGUCUGUACAUAUACCUAUAAUGCUGUAACUUUUCCUGUAAAUAAAAUCAAAGUUUAAAUAGAGUAGAAGCAUUUAUUGCAGAAUUCAGUGCUUUCACUUUUUGUCUUAAGGUACGUUGUUGCCAGACACAGCUGACGGAACAGUGGAUAUCACAGAAAAAACCUUUACAGAUCCAACAGAGUUCCAAACUCAGGUAUGAGACGCGUUACCAUCAUCUUUUUUAUUUUCAACAUAAUUAAAUGAGAAAAGGAAAGAUUGUAACCAUAUUUAUAUAGCAAGUAAAAUGGUAGAUUUAUGGGGUCACCGUUUGCAUGACCUACUUAUAUCAGUGAAGCACACGGGUACUGUGUAAAUAAAUGUCCCUUGCACUGAUCUGAGCACCAUUCAAAGAGGAACUGGAUAUUAUUAUUAUAUUUAUAUAGCGCCAACACUUUCCGUAGCGCUUUACAAUGGGUGGACGGAUAAAUAUGUAAUUGUAACCAGACAAGUUUGACACACAGAAACAGAAAGUGUAGUUAUGAGGGUAUUGAAGUAAUUUACUUUUGCAGAGGAAAGAGUCAAGCUGUAAGAGCGUAGCAUAAAUUCAGAGUGGAGAAAGUCAAAUGCAAAGUGAGACUUACUGAGGCAGCUUUCAGCAGUUCUGGAGCAUUUUUGGAGGUAUCGAGUAAGCUUGGUGUGCCAAGGUUGUAGUUGUGGGCGCUUCCUGCGUUUAAGUGUAGGAGGUACCAUGAUGUCUAGUUGAGAGGAGAGGGUGGAAUGGUAGAAGGAGAUUGCAGAGCUAGGGCAGGUGAGGUUUGAGAUAGAUUUGGAUAUCCCCUGGUAUAACCAAAGCAGAAAUAUAAAAUAGGCAACACAAAAUCAGGAUACUCUUGGAGGAACACAACAAGAAUAUACAAUGUAUCAGCUAAUAAUCCUUAACCAUUUACACAAUGCAAAACCACAAUAACCCUUUAUGUGCACACACGUUUUAGAAGUAAUUAAGUGAUACUUGGGUCAAAAAGUCGACACUUGCUGUGUUUAUUGUGGCAUUAUCUUGCCUAUUCUUGUUGUUUUCCUCAAAGAAUAUCAGAUAAAGGAAUAGUUUCACUCAAUCUUGAUUACAUAUAGCCAAUUAUUUCUACUGAAUAAACAUCUGUGUUCUAAGACUGUAAUAUAUACACUCAGGCAAGUUAAAUACCUUUAUGUGGAAAGGUAAGGUAACUGCAAAAGGUAGUACCUGAGAGAUCAGAUAGAGUAGUAGAGGUAGGCUAAAAAAACUUCCAUAGAGGUUUGGAAAAUAUACCUUUUAACAGGUAAGCAGCAUGAACAACGGUAAACGGGGUAGAAGAUAUCAGAAUUUCCAUUUCCACUGAGUCCUGUAUUCAUUAUUGAUUUAAUUCAAUAAGCAUUCUACAUCAGAAUGGAGUAAGUUGCUAAGUCAAAAAUCAUUGAACCAGAAUUCAGAUUUGUAGUGAGUAAGAAUUUUUCAAAAACUUCACUUUUUGCCUUAUCUUUGCCAUUCACUUCUCAAUUCACCACAUUUUGCUAUUUAUUGACCAAACUCCUUGUCCUUAUAAGAGUGACACAGUAAAGUUAUACUUGCGAAGAAAACUCAGUGAUUUGCUAGUCAUUCAGCAAAGAAAAUGUGCAGAUGUAGCAGAGACAGAAGGUAAGAGGGUGCCUUUAUAACUAUUGUUCUUUACAGAAGGAAAGUUGUAUUGGUGCUAACUGCAAGGGUGUGAAUGAAGUGCUGAUUCGUCUGUCGAGGAAGGGUUCGAACACCUUCCAACUUUUAAAAUGGUCAAAGGGAGUCUGUUUAAUUUAAGGGAUCUUUUUUAGAGGUGUAGUUGGCAUUCAGCACAUAUAUUAAUAAAAAAAACACAUACAAAAAAUAAAGCAAUGUUUUACACUCCCAAGUAUGGAGCCACUAGAAAAGAGUGACAUAAGGCUGACAAAAAGACCACUUUGGGCAACAUAGCAACGUCAUCGUUAUGAAGCUGUUAUGGUGUGAGGAGGUCCCUUUGCCAUCUUACCUUGAGGGAUUAAAUGGUCAAUGGUGGCAAUUUAAGUGUGUGAUAGUUUUUUGUUUGUUUGUUUUAGCUAGCAAAUAUUCUUUAGAUCUAUUCUUUGCUUUGCUUGCAUUUCUAAAUAUAGUCCAAAAACUUGGCUGUAUUUUUAUUCUAGUAGUUGGGUGUUGUCUUUGUUAUUUCUUAUGGCUUUUAGUCUAGCUUGAUGUACCUAUGUAUGCAAAAUAAGUGUGACAUGAUUUGCUGCUACCACAUUGCAGUAUAAAGUUCUCCAUUAUUAAAUGAACCUGUUGGGGAAGUUGUUGAGUGAUGAACAUAUUUUAUUUUUAUUUUUUUAUUUUUUUAUUGUUAGCCCCACAAGUCUGAUACUUGCCUGUCCAAUAUAUGUGUAAAUAGGAAAUAAGAUUUUAAUAGAUCAACAAACAGGUGUUAGACAGACCAGUGAUAGACAAACAGUUCAAUGGCAGACAGACAGGUAGAUAAAUGACAGAAAACAAGAAAUGUUUGGUUUUAGUAAACUUUUUUUCUUUUAUUUCUACAUAUAAUAUGUUUAUGAAUGGAAGGAAUGUCCCUAGAUCAUAUAAAGGAAUAUAAUACACAGCGGCUACAUAUGAGUGAUUGCAAUGUAUAAAAUACCAAGGAUAACUUGACCUCUGUUUCCUGCAUGUAUUCUGCUUUUGAUGUUUAAUAUAGAACUGUUUACGCGUUACUUAUCUAAAAUUAAGCUAUUAAAACAUGGAGUUUUUCAAUAAAAAGGACAUUGUAGUGGGUUCUUGCAGUGCUGCACCAUUUAAGACAAAUAACUGGUUUGGAAAAUAAACUAUAAUAAAAGUCAGAUCAUUCUGGCCUAACGUUGGCAACAAGACAAAAGAAUAAACUGUUAUUACAGGGGGUAAUAAAUUCCCCUUGUUAAAUUGUCUCAUACCUUUCUGUAUAUCCUCUCUACCUCACGUCGUCACGGUGAAUUAAAUAAUUAUUUUUUUCUUUGCGUUUCAGGUUUUCACAACUGAAUAUAAUGUUACCGAACAUAAUCACCUCACAGAAAAAUCAACAGUGGAAACAGAAGUUCAAACCACAGGAAGUGACAAUUCAACAAAUUUUGUAGUUAUAGAAGAGCCUGAAGGUAGACAAAUAUGUUGUGUUUAUACCUUUAUGUGUGUUUGUGUGUGUGUGUGUAUGUAUAUGUAUGUAUAUAUAUAUAUAUAUACUGUAUAUACAUAUACACACACACACACACACUUUAUUAAGCAAAAUGCAUUCUAUUACUACAGAAAAGAGUUGGUCUGCACACAUAUACCCCAAAAAUACCUAACAAGUGAGCCCAUCUCCAUCCUUCACCCCAGAUGUUACAGGAUGAUAGGAAAUAAAUUGGGGCCCGUGAGAUACUCUGUCUCCUGGAACCAUAUAAUUCCCACUCAUUAGGGCAAAAGGGAGUACAAUACAUUACUCUGUGUUUAAGCAGUGAAAGGCACAAAAUAAUGGAGUCUCGUGGGUCCUUUACUUAUUAAUUAGGGCCUCAAUAGGUCCCAGGAGAUGAACAGUUUUCUGUGCCCUUUAUUAAUUAUUGUGGAUAUCUCGAGAAAGCCCAGACGAUAUCUAAUCUUCAAGGCCAAUAUAGCUAAACUAGGUCCAUCUCCUGCCCCCCAAGGUUGCUAGAGGCCCAUAGCCACCCACCCAAAUAUGUCCCUACUUAUCUCUUCACACUAUUAAUCUAAUAAUAGUGAAGGGGUUGGCAAAGUGAAAAAUUGUUAUAAAAAUUACUUUUUUUAUUACCAUUUGAAGUUUUAUUUCUGUCUUCUUUCUUCAGUCCCCCCCCCAAAAAAGUGAACAAAAUCCAUUAUAACCCUUUGAAACUGUUGAAAUAUUUUUUUUUUUUUUUACAUCUCAAUUUGUAAAAAUAAGUGCCAAAAAAAUUAACCAAAUCUUUUUUGGUGGGCUGAGGAAAUAAGACUCAAGUUAGAAGACUUUAAAUGGUAUGUAUAGCUGCCUGGGGCCUGAGAGAGUAUAUACAUGUGUCGAAAUUACUAAUUUUAUCUUCUCAACAACCUCUGAUACCUUCCUAAGACUUAGCUAAUACUUAUCUGAGUACAAAUUCAACUAUGCACUAUUUUAAGUGAGUUUCUGCUUCAGAUGUGGAGAGAAUCUUUUCUUGCAGCAUUUGAUGACAUAUAUUCAAAAUUUUGGAAAUGUUUCAGUAAGUUGAUGCUUUGACUCACCCCAUAUGAUGUAGCUCAUGUCAAGCCAGUUUUCUUAAUUAGAGCCUCAGUUUACCACUGCGAAUAUUUGCAGAGAUCUAUGAGUCUUAUACUGGGAAACCGCCCAUAUCCUAAGGAAGCUUGUAUAAGAGACUUUAUUUCUACUUUGACUGGGUACUUGGAGGGGUCAGUUGACAUUGGUUGCUCAUAUUAACAUCUCGGGCUGGAGACUUGGAGUAAUGGAGCAAUAUUGUGACAACUUUGAAGGACCAUGCAAAGUCCUUCAUCUUUUUUCACUUCUACCAGAAGCUGUUUCCUAUAUUUUGUGAAAUGUAACUCAACAUUUUGUGAACUCUCACUCAAAGAAUAACAUUGUAUUUUUCAUACAGUUUUUCUUUUCUUUUUGACUUAUUGGUCCCCUUUACCUUUAACCAUCUAUGGUGAUGUCCAGCUUUAUGGUCUCAGGAGUUUGGGCACCACCGGUUCCCUGGGAGGGGGGGUCUCAUUACUUAAGACAGGGCCCAAGAGCCUCCACUCCUUUUUAAGUAUUCAUUUGUUUGGCCUUUCAGUAACUGCAGUGGAGAGCUGCAUACGGUUUAGUUCUCCACAUUAUGCUCUCUCUAAAUAAAUUUUGAUAAACUAAUCAAGUCAAGCAGCAUGAUAGUCAUGUAACAAUGUAUACUUUUAAUGGUAAGACAUCUCUGCAGAAUCAGGUUUUUUUUUUAAAUACCAUAGAUAUCUCUGACAGUAUUAGCAACCUUGAAAGGUAUGCUUGUUAGGGGACUGUAGAGCAACAAAUUGCAAACCCCAUAAUUAUUAGUCAGGCAUUUAGUGAGAAUAGAGGCCUUCAGUGUAAGCAGUUUAGAAAAUGUGUAUCAGUGAGGUUUAAGAGGUUAGGUAUGUGUGAAGUUAUGUAGAUCCUCAUGUAGUUUACAGGCUUAGUCACUCCAAAUCCUAUACUUCCAUUAGAUCACUUCAAAUGACUUAAAAUCUAAAUUAACUAGCAACAGGCUAGAGAUUGCCCAGCCCUUUUCAGAAUGCGGGCAUCUUGGCAUUCAUUUUUUUUUCCAGCCAGGAGAUUGUGGUAGCAAGGCUUAGCAUUGUACACAGCCCAUGGAUGGGAAAUAACAUUACCUUUGCUGACUUAAACAUUCCAAAUGCCACUUAAAACAUUGUGGGAUAGAAGUAAAAAAAAUCUUUACAAAUUCCAGUUAUGGUGUCUUGAAAUAUAUGGCUAUUAUUUAUCAGAGACAUGGUGGGAAGUGGUUCCAUCAGGAUGCAUACAAUGUUUGUUUUAGGAUAUUCUAGAUUGAGUUAACACACUGCACCCAUUCAGUUUACUUUCUGGAAAUGUUACCACUUCUUUAACAUAAUUUCUCAAGAGUAAAUAUAGUCUCAAUUAUAUUUCUUACAAAAGGCUUUUAAACCAGGUGAUUGCUACUGACUUCAAGAAGUAAUCAUUAAGAAUCAUUAUUUUUAAAAAGGUACUUGAACAGUUAUCCUCAAACAUUUUGGACAUACAGUAAAUAUAAAAAUAUAAAGGUUAAAUAUAUCAACGAAUAAAACCAAGAAACUAUAAACUAUAAACUAUAAAGGUCUUGGUCAUUAAGGUGAAACGUGGCCAAUUUCUUUUUUUUAUUAGUUUCGAUACAAAUGAAAUAGAGAAUUUCAUAUCAAACUUAGAAUCCAUUCCUUUCUGGUCUCUUGGGCCAGAAUAAGCUAUGCUUACUAUGUAAGUCAAUGUUUAAUAAUUGCAGACACUCUCUGUCUCUAUGGAAAGAGUUAUAUUUUAGAUUGUUGAUCCUUUAGUAAUAAAUAUUGAUAUAUCUUAGUGAUUAAAUGAACAUUUGAUGCAUCAAAACCACAAACACUUUGAAUUUUUACCUAAGAAAAUGUAGAUUGGAACAUAUCAAAACUUAACGUAGUUAUGUUACCCAGCCCUCCUCCAGUGUGGAUUCCCCUCCAUAAGCGCUGGGAGAAGGUGAUCUCAAAUCCUCCAAGGGCCACAAUGAGUAAAUUGAGGGCUUCCCCUUACCAUCUACUCCAAUCACUGCUAGAACCAGACAUUCGGUUGGAAGAAGUCCUACAGAGACUUAAGAAGUCCUACUGGGACUUCUGAUAGGCCAGCUAUAGGGAAGAUCCUCAGAUCUCCCCAGCAUGCUUGGAUCUGGCAGCCCUGUGCACUGUGCAAAGGUACCUCAAGUACAUGAACGGCAAACGUGCCAUAGGUUGCUGACCCCUGGCCUUCCCCUUGAGAUGAAAGUGUUAAUAGAGCAGAACUACUAUAUAAAUAUUGUGUUAAAUGGGUGCUUUAAGCAACUUAACCACAAGAGACUAUUUUAAUGGUUAUGGUGUAAAGAGUUUUACAUUGUUAUGCCCCACUUUUUUUUGUAUGCCAGUCAGAUAAAUAAUUUAGAAUGUCCCUUUAAAAUUGUAUGUACAUGUUUUAGCCAUUUUGAAUACAUUGUAUUACACAUUUCUGGGUCCUGAUUGGUAAAUAUUUCAAAAUCUGCAUCUGUCUGCCUCUUUGUGGUUGCUAGGUGACUGGAAAAUGUAAAAAUUGUUGUAACAUGUUUAAUAGCUGCAGAAAUCAGGUAAGAUUUGGUGGGAUUAUACAUGUUCCCAAAAAAAUGUAACCAGAUGCUUAUACAAAUACACUCCUUAAGGCUGCAUUGAUUCACCAAUCAUCUAACCUACACAGAAUAUAUUUAACAUUUUUCCUCAACUGACCCCCUUUAAAGGGGCAGCAAGCCACCAUGCCCAACAUGCACAUGGUUUAAAAAUGUCAGCAGUUGGUCAAGUUGAAACAUGUAAUUACAGAUCACUCACAUGUUGAUUUUUUAGUAAAGAUCUAUGUAGUAUUUACAUUGUCUCCUAUGAAAGCUUCAAUCUGUCCAUCUAGUGUUCUUCACUCCUGAACUAUUCUUCCAUUCUACUUUUUCAAUCUUGCUUUCCUAAAAUACAUAAGGCAAAUAAGGGACUACUUUGUCUUUUGUUUUUUGUUCUGUUUUUUUAUUUGUUUGACAAAACUUGAGAAAAGACAAAAGUGAAUUGGGGGCACACUCAGAAUAUGCAUUUCUUAGGAAUGGUGCUGCCGUAGCGACCAACAUUUAUACAUUAUACAUCUUAUGGAACAGCGCACACAAAAAUAUGCAGUUUAAAAUUUUAUAAUGCUACUUAAUAUCACCUAUCACAUCAAACAAAUAUGGGGGUUCAGUUCCACCAUAUGACCAUAUUGUGUUAAGCCCACCACUUCUUCACAGUACCCCAAUAUUGGUGGGUCCUGCACUAAUUCCAAUGUGGUAGACAAAUUAAAUAGUGCAAAAUAAGCUGAAGUGUGUUUUAAUAAUGUUUUAAUAUUGUAUAUGUAUACAUAUAGCAUGUAUAUGAUAUGAAAUUAAUGUGAUGUGAUAAAAAAACACAAUUUAAAAAAAUGCAAUUUCAAAGAUAAACAAUUAAAGUGAUAGGGCUUUGAUGUGUAUACUUACAAUGUAAAUCAUAUACAAUACAAUACAGUCAAAACACUAUCACUUUAAUUGUGUAUAAUAUAUUGUUAUAUCAGCACUCACGAACUUUGUAAGAAUAUUCAUUUUUUCAUCAUUCACAGUAUAAAUUAGAGCAGUGUUGAAGUUUUAGUUCCAGCUCGGAACUUUCAUCCUGAAACGUCUAAAUUUGUAAAAAAAUUUAGUCACAGCAAUUCAAAAUUUAGUGGACACACCCAUUUACUACAUUAAUGAAUCUUAAUUAUAUUUUUUUAUAUUGAUUUUUUUUGAGAGAAUGUACUUUUUUUAUGUGACUGAGCAGCCAUGUUGGAUCAGACUCCACUAUUUUCUGACCAGCUACUGCUCAACCUAACUUGCCUGCUGCUGUGCUUGCGCUGUGUACUCUGAAUGCAAUUGAAGCAAUAAGCAAGUUAGGUUAAGCAGCAGCUGCUCAGAAAACCAUAGGAUCCGAUCCAACAUGGCUGCUCAGCAGAGCCUAUUCAAAAAUAUUAAUAUGCAUGAUUUAAAAAAAAGUCAAUAUUUGACGGCAGUUGUCCUUUAAAGAAUAGAAAAUAAGUACAUUGAAAAGCUGAACUCUAACCUACACACUUACCUUCCAUUUUAACAUUUUCUGUGACAUCAGUAUUGGAAAUAUUAAAGUCUAUGCCACAUGUAUCAUUCAUUUUUUCAUUUGUUUUUUUUUUCUAGAAGGCCUGGGAUUAGCUGCAUUAGUUGGAAUAGUAGCUGGUAUCAUCAUGCUGAUUGGAAUUAGUGCCGUUAUCAUCAUCUUAAUUGUACGGAAAAUGGGCAGAUAUUCGUAAGUAAAUAUAACGUGACUAAAUUGGUUGUGCUGUUUAUCCAACAACUGCAAAUUACUCCGAGGCAGGGAUUCAUUUUCAUAGAACUGUCUGUUAAAGGGUUACUGAAAGCAGCAUGACCACUGCAGUGUUUUGAAGUGGUAAUGGUGCCUGAAAUCUGUAUGUGCAGCAUUUCAUUAUGAAACACUGCACAUAUGGAGAUUAAAUCCUCUGCUGUCGGAGGGCAGCAUCAUUGGGAAGUCAUUAGUCAGUCCAGAACUAGAGUUCCAGGCUGAUUAUUGUCAAUUCCUUGCAUGGAUGCCAUCAGGCUCUGUUGCUCUGCAAAAGUCAGAUACACACCACAAUCACCAUAGAGGAGAACCUGCAUCCAGCAGGUCCAAGUAAAAGGGAAAGCCAUUGCAAAAUACUGGGAAAAGGACUUUUCUUAAUUUUGAUCUUUUAGCUGUUUAGUAGAUAUUAGAUAACUCGGUGAAUAAACUCGUACCCUUAUGUGGCUUUACCAGAUUUAAGGAUAGCAAAUUAGAACACUGCUUAGUAGAAAGCUCCCUUAUUUGGUAUCCUUAAAUAUUGCAAAUCCAUGUAAGGAUACCAAAUUAGAGAGCCACCUACUAAACAACUAAAAGAGAACAAUUAAGACAAGUGCUUUUUCUUAAUUUUGAUCUUUCGGUAGUUUAGCAGAUAACAUCUUAAACUGGUACUUUGUAACCUUGUGACUGCUAUUCAUUCAGUCUUUAUAAAUAAAUUUUUUUGGAAAUAAACAGCUUUAGAAAGUAUACAGUGUCAUUAAUCCUGGAAUAUUUCACACAAUGUUUGAAAUGUUAGUAUAGAUAUAUAAUAAAUAGAUAAAACAGAUAAAUAAAAAUGGUCAACUACCUUGCUUACAUGUAACUAUAAGAAGCCUGAAUGCAUUACUAGCAGUACAGCUAAAAUAGCAAAAUAAUGUAAAGAGACUGUAUGCAUUCCAAUAUAAAGCCCACAUGCAAUAAAUACAGUUAAAUCAUAUAUUUUGGAAAUAAAAUGAUUCAAAAACUGCUAUAGCAAUAUUUAUAAAUCUCUGAAAUGCUAAUGCAUGCUAACAAUGAAAUGGUAAAUUCCAUUCAAUACUUCCCCCUCCCUGUUUGUAAGAAUGAUGUGACCCAUUGAAACUUCCUUUACUGUUUGGAUUCAGGGUUUCACCCUUUUAAAAAUGAGAAGAAUAUAAUGAAAGUGUGUGUUUUUUAAAUUUAUUUUAUUAUUUAUACAUUGCAUUACAGUUAAUGGUGAGCAUUCAAAUUAAUUUUAUUACUUUGUUGGGGUACCCGUGAAAAAUGGUUAGUAUACUCAAUAUACUACCCCAAUUUUUUUCCAGUUAUAGAGCUCGCAAGCUAAUGAUGCUGUCUCUCAGUUUCAUGUCAAACCAUUUUAAGCAGUUUGACAAAAACGUGAGUUCCUGAGGCAAGCUUCUCACUUGUGUGUCAGCUAACUGUCUCAGCCAAUUAAUGCACUCCAAAUAUGGUCAAAAUUGAUAUUGCUAAUGCAUAAUUGUAAUUUUCCUAUUAGCAAUGCAGAGAACAAUGGGCUAGGCCCUCACUUUCUGAUAAGUCUCUUAAAAACGGUUUUAUACAGAACCUGGGGACAGAACCAGUAGCCUACUAACACCAUAACCACUGUUUUACACAAACAAGAUAAUAUGUCAGUAUGACUAUUAACUGUUCAUGUUUAUAUGCUAUUUUGGCUACACAUCAUACGGGUUAAGAAAUUUUAAGAAUUCUUUCUUACUUCAUCAGGCCGUGAGCUGUUGUAAAGGAAGAAUAAAUUACUUACAGAAAAAAAAGAAGAUUUGGAGGAAACUAAAUAUCUGGAAAAAAAAAAUCUGAACUCCAUGGACAAUCAGGGAAAGAAGUCACGGGGGAGGGAAUGGUUAUCAAAUGACACAAAAUCCAUGUGCUGAAAGAAUCUAUGUACUAAAGAGUUAACUAUGACUUAAACACUGUUACCUAUCCAUGGUCUAAUUAUUGAGCCCCGAUGAAUAUAUUCUAACCCACUGAAAGGAAUAUGCAUAAUGAUAAAAUGAGGGAGGAGACUUUUUUUUAAUCAAUCAACAUUAUCAGAAAUGGCUGACAGAAUGACUAUUUCUUUAUCCACAACCUUAAUGUAUGUCUAUGAAUAUUAACAUGUAUUCUGCAUACACAGACCAGUAGCUACCAAUGGAACUAUUAUAAGAUCAGAAAUUGUAUUUUUCUCGAUAUGACAUAUUUUGUUGUCAAGAGUAUAGCACUACAACAUCUUAAUGUUUUUGGAGUAUAAAGUAUUUGCUAUUAAUUUGAUCUCAUUUUUAGAUACAUAAAUAGGGUAUUUAAAUGUGAUGCAUCAUAGCUUCUGAGACUUAAUGCAGUGCUGAUGGUGUAAGGAAACUGGUAUGGCUUUUCUCCCUGCUUCUUUUUUAAUGGUUUUAAAGUAGGGUGACAAAAAACAAGUUAGGUUUCCAGUGCACUCAAAGGCCACUCCGCUCGUUGGGACAUCAUAGUGAAGAAAUUUCACUUCCUCACUACCCAUCCAAAUUUGUUUGGCUGUGCAGAAUUUAUGCCGUCAUUCUAGCACAGCCAAAUCACUGUAAUUCAUUUUCUGCACUGCCAACUUCACAAAAACUCCCUUAUUGAAGUGGCAUGUCCAUGAUUGAGAAAGUGAAUGGAUUGUUUGUAAUGCGUGUUUAAAAUUCAGGUGUGUAUUAUUGUGUUUCUAAUAUGUGUGAUUCCAAGUGCAUUUUAGUUCUUCCUGGUGUCUUUAUCAUCCCCCCUAGUGUCUGCCUCUCCAUUUCCUCCAACUUUUAUCUACCACUCUUCCUGACCAUUAUGCCAUUUUGUCCCUCUCUCUCCAUAUUAUCCCAAUUGUGUCACCCUCCCCACCUAACCCCCACUUGUGUUUCCUUCUCUCCCUUAUCUAUGUCCCAAUCGUGACACCCUCCCCCUAUCACUUACCUAAUUUUUUCACCCUGCCUCAUUUCUAUCUCAGUUGUAUCACUGACUUCAUAUCAUCAACUUUUGUCUCCUUUUCCCUUUUAUAUUUAUCCCAUACUCCCAAUUUGUGUCUCCUUCUCAGCUGUCCUUCCCAGUCUCAUCUCCCACUCACUUGUGCCCCUUUUGUCUUGGAUUUCUCAGAUGUCCCUUGUCUCUAUUGCUUCAUUUUUUUGUCAUUCGUGCACUAAAAGUGUCCUCAUAUGGCCCUUGUCUCUCAUGAUUCUUAUUCCUAACCCAUGCCCCAAGUAUUUCUCAGCAUCUAUCCAUUCCAGCCUAUCUACCCACCCUUUUCCCACCUCGAUGGACUCUUGACCACCAAAGAGAAAAAUAAUUUCCCUCUCCCCAUUCUCUUUAGUGAAGUUCCUUCUCACCUGUAAGAUCUCUGUGAGUGCUAGACAUUUCUAUCCCUGAAGAUAAGCACAAGAGCAGAUGUUAUCUGAUUUGUAUUUUCUUUAUUCCACUGGCAUGUUAGUUCCUUGUGCGUGAACCUCAUGGCUUUUCCUCUAUUAAACCUGUCCCACCAGUGCCAUGUUCUUUGCAAACAGGUCUAAUUAAUGGCAUUGUUCAAUAUUGUUUCAUGUGUCAAAUCUGUUGUGUCUCAAGCCUACUGCCCCAAUUGGAUGCAUCACCAGUGUUGUCUGUGUAUCAUUGCAUUUGUUGUGUUUCCUCUGUCAUGUCUGUGAUAUAUUUUAUGCAUACUUGAGGACAUUUUGUGUUGUUCUAACAUGUAGGUGUGCCACAAAAGUGGAUGGAAUAAUACAAAAAGGGGCCAUAUUCCUCUUAAGAGGGCAAGAGUUUCUAAUUUUGAACCAGGUGUAAAGAAAGUCGAACUAAACACUAUUUCUGCCUGACAGAAAGUCAUUUUCUCACAGAGAAGUGGUAAUUAACAUUUUGCCCCAAAGAAACCCAAAAGGAAACUAGUUUGGUCUUUGUGUACGCUUUCUGUGAUAUUUUAUAUUCUUUUUCCGUGUUAACUACCAUGUAUGUACUGUUAAUACAGUUUAACCCCUUAAGGACCAAACUUCGGGAAUAAAAGGGAAUCAUGAGAUGUCACACAUGUCAUGUGUCCUUAAGGGGUUAAUGAACUAAGCAGUCAAAAACUGGUAAAUAUAACUCAUCACCACGAACCGUUCGCAGCGAACUCCGGUCAGCUGACACAGCCCAGCCAAUCUCCAGCAGAUCCUCCCUCCCACCUCCUGGACAGCAUCCAUGUUGAAGGCAGCUUCAACAUGGAUGCUGUCCAGGAGGUGGGAGGGUCUGGGAGGGAGGGUGACCGGAGUUCGCCGCGAACGGUUCGUGGCGAACCAUUCGCGCAAAGUUCGCGAAUGGUUCGCGACAUCUCUAAUCACAGUAUGAAUAAAUUGUGCCGCACACUCAUAUUGAAAAUAUUCAAAUAUAUCUACAUUUAGCCUCCAGAGGGUGGUUACAUUGCCCGUUUCCAACCAUUGGAACAAAAUGCUGUUUGUAUAAUUAUUACUAAUUUACAGAAAAAAAAACAGUGAUUGACUUUAGAUUGAUUAGCAAACUCACGAUUGGCAUCUAAAAUUAUAUUAGCACUUUAAAUCUUUCGUACAGUAAUACACAUCACUCUACCACACAGAAUUGCAUUGCUCUCUGUAUAUAAUUCCAUUUUGUAAUUUAAAACUUUGCCCAGCUCUGCCCACUGCAAACACUCAAGACACAACAGUAGGACAGGUAACAAAAAUUAAUAUUAACUAUGCCUGAAGAUUGAAAAUAAAUCUUUACAUUCUAAACAGGAUUGUCUUUAAAAUUAACAUAAACAUUUGUCUAUAGUAACAUAUCUCAGAAAUUAAUAACUUUACUUAAGUUAAAAAUAAUGUACUUAAAAGUUAGUAAUUAUAGACCACAAUUAUUUUUAAAGAUUACCAAAUCUACUUUUUAAUACAUUUACUCAAUACUUUUUAAUAAUACAUUUGCACUGACAUUAUUUAUUUAUGUUUAGAACAUGUUCCCAGCAUUCAUCAAACCUGCUCUUACUGGGUUUUUAUUUUUUGGGGGGUUUUUUUGCGUGGUCUUGAAAGCUUGCACUCUAAUUCUAACAAACUAACCCAAUAAAUAGAUCACCAUUACUCUACUUGUCAAUUUAAUAUGUGUUUAGUUGAAGUUUUAUAACCUAUUUGAUAAUUCCAUAUUCUGGGGAAAUGGACAAGUCUGUAUUUAGAUGCCUCUGGCAUAGUGAAUUCCAUAGCAUUGUGUUAAAUAUAUUACUACAAUUAAACACCAAAAUAUUGUACUAUGUUUAAGAUUAACCCAAAUUAAAACUGGUUUUAUUCUCUAUUAACACAAUUUUGAUUGUGGCUCUUACUUAAAAGAUCUUUUAGUUUUAGUUUAGUUUUAACUUCAGCUUUUUCAGUAGGAAGGCUGAAAACAGAUUGUCAUUUGGAUAAAGAUAAACUAAUGUAAUUUUAAGAUCCAUGUUAAUAUAUCACUUUUGCAGGAUCUUCAUUGUUUCACUGUGGAAGACAUAGGAUGUCCCCAUUGCUGACAGUCAAUCAAUGAAUUCUGCAGCGAGAGUCUUCUAUUUAAAUGGAAUCAAUAGAGGGGAAGUUAACUUGGCCUUCUAUGUCAAUUUCAAUAAAGGGUUACUUCAAUUUCGAUUAGAGUAACUCUUGCUUGCUUUCCCCUGUAUAAGAAAAAAAGAAAAACGAAAGAAAGACAAAACUUACCUUGGCCAAGUUUUCCAGUAGCCCGAUCCCCCAUCCGUGUCAUCACUCCCCCUUGCUGCAGAGUGGCAGGGCUGAGGGAGGUAUUGGGUUGAUAUUGGCUGUCUAUUGCCAGCAGGCUAUGCAUGCUGACAAUGGGUGCCUUUUAUGCACAGAACUGACAUUAGUAGCCUGGAACUCUCUUUUCAGGCCUCUAACAAUGCUGCCAGAGUUGGAGUGCAGACCCCUGAAGCAAAGUUCUGUAUCUCUGCAUGUGCAGCAUUUUUAGUGAAAUGCUGCACAUACAGACUCCAAAUACCAUGAACAUUUCAAAUCACUAAAGUGGUCAUGGUGCUUUGGGUAACUUUUUAAAGGAACACUCCAAGCACUAUAACCACUACAGCUCACCGCGGUGGUCAGGGUCAGAGGAAUGCCCUGGUUCCCCCAAGUAUGUAGUCAGACUGCUUAAAAAUAGUUUGGCAUCUUACCAGGGUCUGCUGGGCACCCGCCUCUUCUUCCUCUGAUGUUCAAACCCUGCUAGGAACUUCCACUAGUUUCACUGAGCAAAGUUCUACCAUGCUGGGAUGGCUCAUUGGCUGAGUACUAAUAGACAGUGAGUGCUUCCCUGCACCACCAGGCUUAGUUUAGUGUCGGAGCUUCCAGGAGCUACCGGUGGAGCUUUUAUCAGCCAUUUCUUAAACUGUAUAACUAAUUACCCUAGGCUGGCGCACGGGUGUUUCUGGAACCAUGAUCACUACAGAGGGCUGUAGCAGUUAUAGUGUUUUGAGUGUUCCAUUAAAAUCAAAGGUUCUCUCACAGCUGCUGAUGAGCUAUGAGAACAAACUCAAGAUUCUAGAGUAGUUUACAUUCAGAUUUUGUUGACGAAGCAGAUAAAUAAAAAUGUUAUGUAUAUUUUUAGUCAUAUAGCACCAAGACAUUUUCCAACUGUUCUUCAGAUCAAUGACUGAAAAUCACCCUUUUUAUAACCAUGAGAAGCACAGAGGGCCAGCAUUUUUAACAGACACAUGCACAUGACAUAGAAUCAAAGUUUAUUAUAUUUUUAUUUUAUUAUUUUUGGGGAGGGGGGGAAUAAAACAUUGACAGCAUAAGCGUAUUUGUUUUAACAUAAAGGUGGCCAGGAAGUAGAUCCCCAGCUGUUGCAGAACUGCAGCUCCUAUAAUGCUCUGCCAGCCUCCCAACAUCUGGCCAUAUAGAAAACAUAUAUACGGUAGUAUAAACAUACUACUAGAACUAACCUUAAUUUCCAGCUUUGUGAUUCAUUCAGUCACCAAACAUUCUGAGCUUGUAAAAGGGGGAUCCUAGGAACGACAGGGGGGGUGGAGGAAUACGGGUCUUGAAGAGUAACUGUCUCGUUUAAAGAUUUGGGAGGCAUGACUGUAAUUCCACCUCUGAUUCUCAUCUUAACAAUGGCCCAAGUUGGUGUAGCUUUGUGAGUUGAAUAGUGCUGGCCUGGCCUUUCAGGGGAAUUAUGCAGAUGUACUUAUUCAUGUGUGAAUAGAUGUGCACACAGCUGUCUUAUUUUGCAAGAAAGCCAGUGCUCAUCAAUUACUCACAUGAGAUAUGAGGGGCCUAUUCACUAACCUGCAAAUUAUGGUGAAUUUCAUAAUGACUUUCCAAAAUAAGGUCAUUAUAGAAGACGUUUUUAAAAAAAAUAUCUAAUUCAGCUGAAGUGGAGAUUUUAUGCAAUUAUAUAACUAACUUGUGUUUUGCAAUCCAAUUCCUACUGCAUGAAACUCAUUCUUUAAUGAAUAAUGAUUUGAUUAGAUUGCUGCUGAUGUUGCAAGAGCAAGGGAUGCCAACCUUCGGCAUGCCAGAUGUUGUGGACUACAUCUUCCAUGACGCUCUAACAGCCACAAUGCUCGCAAAACUUCAGGGGAGUUGUAGUCCUAAACAUCUACAGAGCUGAAGGUUGCCUACACCUGCUCUAGAAUUACAAUCUGCAACCAAAACAAUUACAACAUUUUAUAACACAUUGAAAUCUAAUCUUCUGCCAAAUAAAAGUUGAAAUUGAAUUGUGUGAUUUCCUCAUUUCUGAGUCAAAUAUAGAACGAAAAAAUAAAAUGCAAUCCUGUCCCAUCCUUUUUUUUUCACCACACUUUAUAUUCGAAAGUACAAUAGUUGUUUAGUCAUAAAAUAUAUCAUUAGCUUCCAAUUGCUGGCAAUGGAACGUAUUGUGUAGUGUGGCCAACUUAUGUUAUUUAUGAAUAUAGAAGUGAAACUGUCUGAAUAAGUCCCCAUGUUGUAAACAUUUUAAAUAACUAUGAAAUAAAAUUUCUGUACUGUAUAAAAAAAAAAAAAUGUUUUUGUUGGGAUACCAUUGUUUG